GUGAGCCCCAUUGCUUAGUCAUACAUGUUAUAUAUAACAACUUUCAUCCUCCUUCAGAUUCAUAAUACAUGAAGAAGAGAAAAUGGGGGAAAUUGAUUCAAUAAAUGAAGAAGAAAUAAUAAUGCUACAAGCUCAAGCACAAAUAUCAAAAUAUAUGUUUGCUUUUGUAGAUUCAAUGGCCAUAAAAUGUGCUGUGGAACUUCGUAUUGCUGAUAUUAUUCAUUCUUAUAAUGGCCAAAAAAUCACUUUGUCACAAAUAACCCCUAAUAUUCACUCUCCAUCAUCUCCACAUAUGGAAGAUUGACUCCUCGUUCGUCGAAAAAUCUUCACGGCAUCUACCUCUCAGGACGGAGACACCCUCUAUGGACUAUCCCCUAUAUCAAGAUGGCUACUACAUGACUCAGAGCUAAGUGUAGCACCAAUGUUUCUGUUCCAAACCAAUCCAAUUUUCAUGGCACCAUGGCAUUAUUUUAGUAAUUGCAUAAAAGAAGGUGGAAUUGCAUUUAAGAAAGCACAUGGUUGUGAAAUAUUUGAGAUGGCUUCUAAAGAUGAUGAGUUGAAUAAGAAUUUCAACAAUGGGAUGAAUUCAAUGACAAAAUGCAUAAUGAGGGAAGUAAUUAAAGUGUAUAAAGAUGGAUUUAAUUCAAUAACAUCACUUGUUGAUGUAGGUGGAGGGAUAGGAGGUGCCAUGUUUGAAAUUGUCAAGGCAUAUCCUCAUAUUAAAGGGAUUAAUUUUGAUUUGCCUCAUGUUGUUUUAAGAGCACAAAAGUUUGAAGGUGUUGAUCAUGUUGAGGGUGACAUGUUUGAGGCUAUCCCACCUGCUGAUGCUGUUUUUCUCAAGUGGGUACUGCAUGACUGGGGAGACGAAGAUUGUGUGAAGAUCUUGAAGAAUUGUAGAAAGGCGAUACCUAAAAAAACCGGAAAAUUGAUCAUAGUUGACGCAGUUUUGAAGUUGGAGGGUGAAGGUUUAUUUGACGAUGUGGGAUUCAUAACGGAUUUGAUGAUGAUAGCACACACUAAUGGUGGGAAAGAAAGGAGUGAAGACAAAUGGAACAAAUUGUUGAAGGAAGCUGGAUUUCCGCGUUACAAUAUCAUUGAAAUUUCAGCUUGGCCAUCUAUUAUCGAGGCUUAUCCAUAGUAAGCUCAUGCGUACCUUAAUUAGUUUUACAAAAUAUUUGUUAUCUCCAAAUAAUCAUCAUAUGUAACAAAAAAUGGAGAUAUGUAAUGUUUACUUAG